CCCCGCCGGGGCCAGGAGCAGGGGAGCCCAGGGCAGCUUCAGCCAUGGCAGAGGGGUCGGAGAAGGUGCCCAUCGCCCGAGCGGGGCCCGAGGACGUGGAGCAGUGCCUGCCGCCCGCGUACACGGCAGCAGUGUCCCCUCCGGGGCCAGGGCGGCUGCUGAAGGCAGGGGCUGCAGUGCUCAUUGCCGGGGCCCUCCUGCUCCUGGCCGGGGCCAUCGGCGCCUUCUACUUCUGGAAAGCCACCGAGCGGCAGGUGUACAAUGUUCACUAUACCAUGAGCAUUAAUGGAAAAGUACAAGAUGGAUCAAUGGAAAUCGAUGCUGGAAACAACUUGGAGACAUUCAAAACAGGAAGCGGGAGCGAGGAGGCUGUUGAAGUCCACGAUUUUCAGAUUGGCAUAACCGGCAUCCGCUUCGCUGAGGGAGAGAAGUGUUACAUCAAAGCCCAGCCAAAAGCUCACGUCCCUGAGGUGGAUGCCAUGACCAAGGCAAGCCUCUCCUCUGACCUGGAAGAUGAAAUCAUGCCUGUCAGAUUUGAUGAAAACUCCCUUAUCUGGGUGGCUGCAGAUGAACCUAUCAAGCAUAACGGCUUCCUAAGCCCCAGAAUCUUAGAGCUCUGUGGGGAUCUUCCAAUUUUCUGGCUUCGACCUACAUAUCCCAAAGAUAAACAACAGGAAAGGAGAGAAAUGAAGAGAAACAAACGCCAGUCAGAACCAACCUUUAAUACAGAAGACUUGGAAGCUGCUAUUGAAGAGGUGAACACCAGGCCACCCACCACCCAGCUGACUCGAGAGCUCGAUCAGCAGUCUAAUGAGACCAGGCCAGUUGGGCAAGAAACCGAUGUCGGGCAAGAGAGCGAUCAAACACUUAAUCCAGACAAUCCAUACAAUCAACUGGAAGGUGAAGGGAUGGCUUUCGACCCCAUGCUGGAUCACCUAGGCGUGUGCUGCAUCGAAUGCAGGCGGAGCUACACGCAGUGCCAGAGGAUCUGCGAGCCUCUCCUGGGCUACUACCCGUGGCCUUACAACUACCAAGGCUGUCGCACCGCCUGCCGAAUCAUCAUGCCCUGCAGCUGGUGGGUGGCUCGCAUCAUGGGUGUUGUGUGAGAAAAAGCUUUUGGUUCCUUGACAAAAGCAAGCAGAAAGAUUACAACAAUAAACUGAUAAAAGACUACGACCAAAGGGGCAUCACCAGUCCUGGCUUUUAAAGCAAAGCGUGUGUUACUGUACCAAGAGCGAGGUCAGUUAUUCAGUGUAAAUAAAAUCUUAAAUUAAUAGUU